CGGAACGGCUGCGUUAGUUUUUCAGAAUAUUUUUUUUUUUAUUCACCUCGCAUUCUUGUUUCAUUGACGUUCCUCUUGUUUGUAAAUAAUAACCGCUGGAAAUAGUAUGCGAUGUGAAAUUACGCGCAUUCUUCGAUCGAGUGUACAUUACGUAAACCUUAGCUUGCAAGUUAAUUAAAGUAUGUUAAUAGGAACCUAACCUAUAGAUAGGAUCGUAGUUUUCGUUUAGUAAAGAAAUGAUACGGGAAAAUGCCGCCCUUUAGGAGGAAGAAAGCUGCCAAGUCGUUCCCAGUGAAAGUUUGUACUUUGGACGCGGAGUUGGAGUUCAACCUUGAGUGGCGAGCAACUGGUAGAGAUUUAUUUGAUUUGGUAUGCAGAACCAUAGGAUUAAGGGAAACAUGGUUCUUCGGAUUACAGUUCGAGGAUACGAAGCACUUUAUAAGCUGGCUGAAGUUGGAUAAAAGGGUACAAGAUCAAUGUGUCUCUCAAAUGCCGGGCACUCCAUUUAUGCUCCUCUGCAAACUAUAUCCUGAAGAUGUGGCAGAGGAGCUUAUUCAAGAGGUCACACAGCAUCUCCUCUUUCUACAAGUGAAGCAGGCUAUACUCAGUAUGGACAUAUACUGCCCUCCGGAAGCGUCUGUACUUCUUGCAAGCUAUGCAGUGCAGGCUAAGUAUGGUGAUUAUGACGAAAGCGCUUCCAAGCCCGGCAUGCUGGCCAGCGAAGACCUUCUCCCGCAAAGGGUGAUAGACCAGUACCAAAUGACGCCAGAGAUGUGGGAGGAGAGGAUUAAGAUAUGGUACGCGGACCACAAGGGCAUGUCACGUGACGAAGCCGAGAUGGAGUAUUUGAAGAUAGCACAGGAUCUGGACAUGUACGGGGUUAAUUAUUUUGCUAUAAAUAACAAAAAGGAAACAGACCUGUAUCUAGGUGUCACAGCUUUAGGUCUGAACAUUUACGAGAAAGACAAUAAAUUGACACCGAAGACGACUUUUCCCUGGUCCGAGAUAAAACACAUAUCGUUCGAUGAUAAGAAAUUCGUGAUCAAAUUCGUGGACAAGAGCGUCAAUAAUUUUAUAUUUUUCUCACCAAAGGGUAUGAACAAAUUGAUUUUAGAUCUGUGUAUCGGCAACCAUGAUCUUUACAUGAGAAGAAGGAAACCGGAUACAAUGGAAGUUCAACAGAUGAAGGCGCAGGCAAAGGAGGAGAAACAGCGACGUCAAAUCGAACGCAACAAGCUCGCACGAGAGAAGCAACUCCGGGAGACUGCGGAGAGGGAGCGAGCGGCCAUGGAACAGAGGCUGCUGCAAUACCAGGAGGAAAUCAGGCUGGCCAAUGAGGCUUUGCGGCGCUCCGAGGAGACGGCGGAGCUGCUGGCGGAGAAGGGUCGCGUGGCGGAGGAGGAGGCGUCGCUGCUGGCGCAGAAGGCGGCCGACGCCGAGCGGGAGAACGCGCGCCUGCGCCUGUCCGCCAUCCGCACCGAGGAGGAGAAGGUUCACUUAGAACGAAAAACUCGUGAAGCUGAGUUCCUGACGGCGCGACUGGUCGAGGAGUCGGAGAAGCGAGCGGCGGAAGCGGAGAGGCUCAAGGCGGAACUGCUAGCGGCGAAGGUCGCGGAGAAACAAGCGAAGGAGAAACUCCUCAAUUUCCUAAGCAGGACCUCGACCGGAUCGCUACCACCACCUCAGACAUCUAGUACGGUGCCGUCAUCGAUGUUCCCGUCCACCUGUUCACUGCCAGCCGAGCUGGGCGGCGAAUUGCUGCAGAACGGUUCCACGAGCGACGAAAUCAACUCCUACCAACUGGUGUCUGACGACGACCCGCACGUGCACCGACUGUCUCUGGAGAUCGAGAAAGAGAGAGUGGAGUACCUGGCUAAGUCGAAGCACCUGCAGCAGCAGCUGGACGAGCUGCGCUGCGAGUUCUCAGUGCUGCGCGUGGAGCAGAACGGCGCCACGCUGGACCGCCUGCACGAGGCGCAGGCGCGCGCCGGUGACGACAAGUACAGCACGCUGCGCCGCCUCAAGCAGGGCUCCACGCGCACCCGCGUCGCCUUCUACGAGGAGCUGUAGGCGUAGGUCGAGUCAACUUUGAUCGUUUCACAUAAUUCCAAGCAUUGUAAGUAUUGUUACUUACCUCCGUAAUGAUACGUUAACUGAACAUGGAGUACAAAGUAUUAUUAUAUAUACAAUUAACAGUGCCUUAUUAAUUAAAAAAAAACUAAAUAUGAUAAUACUGAAAUGUAUCAAAAAUCAUAGUAAAAUUACAUGUAAAUCUGUCUUAUAUGAUUAUAUGUUUACUGGCUUUUUGUAAGUAUAACAACGAUUGGUGUUGAUAGGAUUAUUUUUAUAAUUAUAAUUGUUUAUUUUUCGCGAUUCGUGGCAGCCCUAUUUAAUUUAUACUACGUUCCGAUGGCAGGCGGAGUAAACGUAAACAAACCUUACAGUAACAGCCUGUAAAUGUCCCACUGCUGGGCUAAGGCCUCCUCUCCCUUUUUGAUGAGAAGGUUUGGAGCUUAUUCCACCACGCUGCUCCAAUGCGGGUUGGUGGAACCUUAAUUCUACUUAUUCUUUGCGAUUUACUAAUAGCUCUGCUGUAUCUUCCAUUGCAAACAAAUGAAACACUAUUUCACUCAACUGCUAUAUAUCCCUUUUUAAACUUUACUUCCAAAGUAAACUAUCUCGUUGGACAUUUUUCACGAAUUCAAAAAGAACAACACAGAUUGUUUGGACACAUUUUUUCACGAAACAACAAGAACAAGAAUUAUUUAGAUCUCGACCAACAAUGUCGUAUGAUUCAAGGUCAACGACCUCGUGUCAAAGUUUAUUAACCUUUACUCCUGCUAUUGGAAAAGACUAUAGAUCUAUUCUUAAUUUAUAAUGUUUGUUGUAAUAAUAAUGUGUAUUUGAUCUUAGAUAUCAGUGAAUAAGCCAAAUUAAAAAUUGCACUUGUAUAACACGUAUGUCUUAACUUCAAUGUUAUGAAGUUAAACGUUCCAAACAAUAUAGAAGUUUUAUAAUAUUCUGACAGCUUCCUGUAAUCAUCCUAUUGCUUGGCAAAGGUAUAAUUCCCGGUCACGAGGUCACUAUUAUUCUUACAUUCUAAUUUCAAACAACUUCAGAGCGGCAAAGUUAAAAUGUUCGUGUCGUAAAACCCUAUUGAAAUGAUCUCCUAAAUUAAAAUUUAUAUACAUCGAUAUAUCUUCAGGUAAAUAGCUGAAUAAUUACAGUUAAUUAAUUGUUUAAAAUGUAAACUCUUUUUCUAGUAUUUAAUAAAUGGAAUGAGGUAUCUAUUAUAACAUUUAUUACAGCGCCAUAAUAUAUUCUGUAAUAGGUUAAAUAUUAGUAUAAUAUUGUUUUCCAUUUAAAUUGUGAUCCAUAAUAAUUUGAAAUUUAUAACAUAGAACUAAAUGUUCAAUAGUAAAAAUUAGUCCAAUUCAUAUUUACAUAACAAAACAAAAUAGUUUUUUUUUUUUUUUUUUAAAUAGAAAGUUUUUAAAAUAGUUUUUGGUCGUAACAGAUAUAUUUCGACUUGUCUUCAAACUUCACUAUUUUAAAUUAAAAAAGGACUACUAGCUUUUCGAUUAUACUACAUGCGCAAUAUGUUUGAAUGUUACAUAUAAUAUUGUUUCAACUAAUUUUUGUAAUAUUUUUUCGCAUUCAAGCUCUAUUUUGCAUCAUUUCGUGCAAAUCGAAAUACGAGUUUGCUCAGUAAAAAGUUCUUAUAAGCUCAUGUGAACGUAAAAAGUUGAAUCGUUGCGAGGCUUACGAUUUAUUUAUUUUUGACAGUUGGAAGUAUUGUCACAUUAAUAAUCAUUGGCAUAUGAAAAACUAGGAUUUUUUUUUAAAUUGAUUAUUUAUAUAAUAGAUUUGUUUUAACCACAAUAUAGUUCGGUUUAAAUGUCGAUUAUCUUCAGCUUUUGAGACGGUUAGGUUUGCGCAGUAAGCUUACUACGUGCAGAGAGUACUUUAGAAGUGUUAUAUAUUCUGUUGGAGUUUAUUAUAUAAAAAAUAUCUAUGACAUUUACCAUAAUACAAUAAGUACAUAUUGUACAGUUCCUAAAUGACUGUAUCAUUAAUACAUAGGUAAGAUCUGUUUAGUAUAUAGUUAUAAUGUAUAUAGCAUUACAUCAAUUGUUGCAUCUCGAUUCGAUUGGCAAAUAAAGCUUUAUUAAUAAUAUCACACAUGGAUAUAAGUAUAAUCAAGAAUCAAUAGAUUUUUAAUUUAAAAAAAAUAAGUUUUUUUUUUGUUUUUCGUGGAAGUUACGCACAAUUUUUGUAUAUGUGAAAUGUCAAAAUGGUCCACAACCAUUUUUUUUUUUUAAUAUAUAUAUCUAGUCUGUAGUUUUGUGUUGACGGCGUCAUAGAUAGUUCAAUUUUGUACCGGACCAUUCUAAAACGUACCUUUCAUAAUUUCAAACUAUUUUUUAAGCUUUUUUUAUAUCGUUAAUUCGAUGUCUCCUUUUAUUGUCACAGUGUUGAUUUCAGUCUUAUAAGCUUUUCAAUAAAAAUAUAUAUUUGUAACUUUCAUAUACAAUAAUCAGAAUUUUAUAAAAAAUAUAAGACAAUCGCUUUAUUGCAAUGGUCGAUGUGAACAAAAAAUUUAGCUGAAGAUUUAAUUUUUUUUUUAGCCAAGAUGCUAUUAAGUGAAUAAUUAUAAUAUUAAUAGGCUAGUUUUUAACAUGAUUAUAUAAAAUAAAACGAAUUGACGUAUAGUCUAUUUCAAUAUAAUUUAUACGAAACUAUUGAAAUAUAAUUCACUAAAUCAGUUUUAAGCUGUUUAUUUGACGUUAUUUUCUAUUGAAUUGGACUAUAUUUUGUAUAUUUAAGACUUGCAUACCCGACAAUACGUGAAUAAUAAAAUCUUGUAGUCAUCAUCUAGUAUGACCACGUAGAUGUGACUGAAGCUUUACGUUACCUCGUAUUUUCCACUUGACACUCAAGUGUAUACGAUCCUUAAUAAUUGUUUCAUAAUAAUAUACAACUGUCUUGCCUCUCUUGUUUAUUAAUAUAAUAAAUGUAAUGUAAUCAAUGUUUACGUACGUGCCUUAUAUAAAUAUAAAGAAAAUAUUUUGUAAAUAUAUUUUUACAAAAAUU